CUGGCCAAGAACCAAAGGCCAAAGUACUACAAAUAAGUAGUACCUUACCAUCUUAUUUCUAGCAAGAGCCAUUGUUAACGGCAGUGUCUGAAUAAAGUUUUAAAAAAUAUAUCGCAUUUAAUUGUAACAAACAUGACAUCAUUGUUAAGUUAUGAGACUUUGGUACACGCUAUAGCUGGUGCUACUGGCAGCGUCGUGGGCAUGACAAUAUUUUAUCCUUUAGAUACACUCAGGUCACGGAUUCAAGUUGAAGAUUCGAAGAAGUUACAAGGAUCGACACUGGAAUUAUUAAUAAAACUAGCCAAUGAAGAAGGUAUUGAGUCUCUUUACAGAGGGCUAUCACCAGUUUUACAGUCACUUUCAGUAUCCAACUUUGUUUACUUUUACUCAUUCCAUGCAUUACGAAAACUAUCUUCCCAGCCAACAUCAGCAUUGCGUGAUCUACUUUUUGGUUUAAUUGCUGGAAGUAUCAAUGUUAUUUUAACAUCACCACUAUGGGUUGUAAAUACAAGAAUGAAGUUGGAAAAAAACAAUUACAAAAAUUUAUUUGAAGGUCUCCUUGAACUGGCAAGAACAGAAGGCGCAAAAGGCCUCUGGUCUGGAACUGUUCCUUCACUACUUCUGGUUUCAAAUCCAGCUAUUCAGUUUAUGGUGUAUGAAUCUCUAAAACGAAAAUUUAUGUCCCAAGGCUCAUUUCAUACAUAUACUUCAUUUUUGAUUGGGGCUACAGCAAAAGCUGUAGCCACAACUCUAACCUACCCCUUGCAAGUAAUUCAAUCUAGACUUCGUGCUGGUACAAAUUUGAAAACAAUGGUGAAAGAUAUUAAGUCAAAACCAUUUUCAAUUUUCCGUGGACUGGAAGCCAAGCUUUUGCAAACAGUCAUGACUGCUGCUUUGAUGUUUAUUGUAUAUGAAAAACUUGUUAUUUUAGUUUUAACUAUUAUGAGAGUUAGGAUGAAAAAAAUUCACUGACUAUAUAAAAAUUAAGUUUCUCAGAGUUAUAGAUUAGAAAAAUUUAACAUCCUGUUUCUCAUUUAAUAAGUCUAAAUAAUAAUCCAAUAAAAGAAAGAAAUAAGAAAUAGCACAUAGCGAACAUCAAGCAUUGGUAAAUAAGGAACUUAUUACCGAAACUGAAUGUUGUAAUUUACACGACCUUGUAUAAUUAGUAUAAAUGUGCUAAGUUUAAUAAUGGCAUGUCUUAUUUUCAAUGUCAAAUAUAGCAGAGUGUAGUUUCUGUUUUUCACACGACCAGUUUUAUUCUAUUUAUAAAGAAUAUCUAACCAUUAAUUUAAUAUUAAAAAUUUACCAUUUUUUAUAAAAAAAUUUGGGGAAGGGGCAGGAAAAUUAAAUAAUGGUUGUGGUAAUUUAGGUAUGGAUAAUAAGGAUAUUAUUAUAUUUGAAGUAGACGUUAACUAUGUAGGACUAAUAAAAACGAGACGUAUAUGCAAUAGUUAUUACUUUUCAAAAUCUUACAUGUAUGUAUCUGAUGUCAUUCCAACAACAAUCUAAUCAUACGACAAUCAUGCAUUCUGUGCCAGUUUUAGCAUUAGCAAUAGUUUAGUUAUAUUAUUUAUUGAACAUGUUAGAGAAGUAACAAUUUAGGUGUUAUGUACAAAAGACUUAACACACAUAUAUGAACUCCUUUUCAACAAACCAAAACCAGAGUAAACUAGGUUUUAUGAAUUAUACAAGUAAAUAUCAAAAGUGAAUAAAAUGAUAUGGGAUCGUGGUGCACAAUACAAUUACCUAAUUUGUUAAAUUUUAUUUAAUCAUCAACUUACAAAAAAAAUUACAUCUUUCUUUUUCGUAAUAAAUCUGUCUGUACUUUAUGCGCCGUCUGUCAGUCAGGUCAGUGUUACCAAUAGUUAGGUACACCUAAUUAUUCCCACAAGGCCGUCCUGGUCAGUCGUCUGUCCCAGAUGACUCGUAGUCGAUAGCAUCAGCAACUCAAGGUUUCAUCAUAUAAGUGGAGCUACAGGUGGGAUGGGCUCCUUCACCUUGACCAAUCCUCUGGAGAUCAUAGCGGUCAUUCCUCUUCUUCUUCACGACUCUAUUACUAGGACUCUAGUCCUAAGUAAUGAGAAGCAGCUUGUAGCCCUGAACAAAUUGGGUCCUCUUGAUAGCAACAAGAUUGCAUACUUCAUAUUCUCUCGAGUUUUCUUGUCUUCUGUAUGUUCUCUCUUGCUUUCUUCUUCAAGUCUGGUCGUCCAUCACAGGAAAAUUUAAGAUUCUCUUCAUUAAUUAAAUUGUAGAUAGCUUAAUUUUUAUUACAAAUUUUGACACCUAUUAAUAAUUCAAAAGGUGACAUCAUUAUGCUUCUUUGAAAUGAACCAUUUAAGCAUCUCUGCAUAUUAUUGACGUGCUUGUACCAGUUAGGAGAAUCAUCUGCUGAUAAUUUACUUAGAACAUCAAUUAUUAUCUGAUGGACUCUCUCAACCUGUCCAUUUCAUCCAUAUUGGCCAGUAGUCAUGGUAGUACUUCUGUCACUAAUCUACUUCUGUGGAGCGCGAAAGUGAGUGGAAUCCCUCUUCGGCUCCUCAGCGAAGAAGGCGAGGUGGGCGGCGCGGAUACGAAUCUCCCGUUGUGGCGGUAAGUAUAAAGAUGUUUUCAACGGGUCGUCCACUGAGAGCGUCAGCAUGUUUCAUCCUUGUUCCAGGUCCGUGUUCUAUAGUGUAAUUAUUCUCUUCCGGCAACAGAGCCCAGCGUGCUACUCUUAAGUCUUUUUUUCUUUAAAGUCGUUAUCAGGGCAGAGCAGUUAGUGAUGAUUUUGAAACGAUUUCUAAGCAGAUAAACUCUGAAUUUCUUGACAGCUUCAACAAUAGCUAAAAUUUCUAAAUAGUAUCUAUGAUACUUCUUUUCUACAGGUGAAUUCUUCCCACUCAUGUAGUAAACUGAAUGCAUCUUAUUAUCUUUCAGGAGUAUUUGUAACGAAUAAUACAGCUUCAUAGCCGUCAGCACUUUCAUCAAGUUAGAGUCCGGUUUUCAAGUCUUGAUUGUAGAUCCACAAAACUGGUGAUUGGUGCCUAAUAGCUCUGAGCGUCUCAACUGCCUUUUUACAUUCUAGGUCGGAGCUGAAAACAAUAAUUUGGUCAUUUUUUAACUCAAAAAGUUGGUUAAUGGCCUUGCUAUAAGAGAAAAAUUUUUAAUAAACUUUCUGAAAUAUGCUGUAAGUUCAAGAAAUUAUUGUAGAGUCUUAAUAUUGUGUGGGGUUGGAAAACGAGCAACAGUAGUCACUUUUUCGUUUGAUGGACUGAUUUUACCAUCCUCAAUGAUAUAGCCCAAAUAGUUAAUUUUCUUCUGCAUAAAUUGACAUUUACUCCAAUUACAUGUUAGUCCAUAUUCUUCAGCUUCGUAUAUAACUUUUUCUCAAUAACUUUGGGAAAUUUAAAAGGCACAAUCAGGUCAUCUAAAUAGGUCAAUACCACACCAUCCAAGAUCAGGUCCUGAAAUACAUCAUUCACAAAUCUCUGGAACACCAGAAGGUCCAACGGAGAAACCAACAGACAUUUUUUUAAAUCUAAUUGGGCACGGAGUCACAAAUGAUGUAUACUUCUGGCUGUCCUUGCAAACAUUCACAUGAAAAAAUCAGUUUUUCAUGUCCAAUGUAACGUAACUGUAAACAUUGUAACGUCUUUCAAUAUUUCUAUCUGUUCUGCUAUAAGUGGAAGCAGAAAUCUCUCUUUGAUUAUCUUUUUGUUCAGUGUUCGAUAGCCGACACGCAGUCGUUACCUUUUUUCUUCUUUUUUGCCAGUAUUAUUGGACUUGCAAAGUCUGAAUUACUUGGUUUAAUUACACCAUCCUUUAGCAAUUCAUUAAUUUGUUUAUCAACAAUAAACAUACAAUAGACAGUUAUUCUUCACCAAAAAAUUAAUCUUUUAGAAGUACGAAUUAUCUUUUUAGAAUAAGGUUGGAAAUCAGUCUAGCAUAGUAGGCAGCGGAUUGACUGACCGUUGACCCGCUUGCUGUCCAUGAAUGACCUUUACCACGUAUAGGUGAGGCAUUGGUUUGUCUUGCUUCAAAAGCAACAGUUAAUUGGUACACUUGAAAGUGAAAGUAAACCAAAAUUAGACAUCCUCUACAUCUAGUCAUUAUUACAUAUACAUUAAUUGUUGAGUUAAUAUUUAUAGUACCAUAUUAUUUAAAAUUAACUUGUCAAAUUUUUUUAUUUCCAUGACGUAACUGUCACCUUUAUAUGUAUAUUUCAUUUAUGAUAAUUGUU